CUGACUGAUGCCCAGAACAUGAGUGAGUGUGUGGAGAAAGAUGAAGACAGAGCAGAGUCUGCAGGAUCCAUCUGUCCAUCUCUGAAGAGUGACCUGUCCAUGCACGAACAUCCAUGCUUUAGUAAUGAUCCUGGACCCCCAAACCCCAUAGGGAGGAAGAGGAGUGGUGUUUGUGAUGAGGAGCAGCUGUCCUGCUGUGCUAUAUGUCAAGAUGCCUUGAAGGAUCCAGUCUCCACCACCUGUGGACACUGGUUCUGUAGAUACUGCAAAACCCCAUACUGGGAGCAGUCUGGCUCAUCAGGGGAAUCCUCCUGUCCCUGGUGUGGAGAAAAAUCCAUAAGACGACCCACAGAUGUUGGUCUACAGGAGGUUUUAGAUGAACAUAAAAUCAGUCUGAGGAGGAGAUGUGAACAUGUGACAGAAGGAACUGAUGGAACAGGAAGUAAAACCCUCCUCAACAGGAUCUACACUGAGCUCUUCAUCACAGAGGGACAGAGUGAAGAGGUUAAUACCCAACAUGAGGUGAGGCAGCUGGAGACCGCUUCCAAGAUCAACACCCUCCAUGACACUCCAAUCAGGUGCCACGACAUCUUUAAAACCUUACCUGACCAACAUGGACCAAUCAGAGUGGUUCUGACCAACGGCGUCGCUGGUGUUGGAAAAACCUUCUCAGUGCAGAAGUUCACUCUGGACUGGGCAGAGGGCUUGGAGAACCAAGAUGUCAGUGUGGUGGUUCUGCUUUCAUUCAGGGAGCUGAACUUGAUCAGAGAUGAUCAGUACAGUCUUCUCCAGCUGCUCCAUGUUUUCCAUCCAACAUUCCAGAAGAUCCCAGCAGAGCAGCUGGCUGUCUGGAAACUUCUCUUCAUCUUUGAUGGUCUGGAUGAAAGCAGACUUUCUCUGGACUUCAACAACACUGAGGUUGUUUCUGAUGUCACACAGAAGUCUUCAGUCAACGUGCUGCUGACAAACCUCAUCAAGGGGAAUCUGCUGCCCUCAGCUCUUAUCUGGAUCACUUCCAGACCUGCAGCAGCCAAUCAGAUCCCUCCUACAUGUGUUGAGAUGAGAUGAGUCCACAGGAGCUGA